GUGUAGGCUUUGCCACUUGAAGUUGAAUACGUUUGACAACACGGUUCAUCCGUGAUUCCGAAAUGCCUAACUGUGCCUAACUUCAGGUGUCACUAAACGUCACUGUGCGCUCCUUUUGUUUAUAUUUGGCGAUGCACGUGCGUGACAUUGUUUCGUCGAUAUACAACUCGACUAUCUGACCGUAUCUAUGAGAGCUCCUAAUCGCAAAACGGUCGACGUUACAACGACGACAUCGAGAGUGUAUCAGAAAAAUGGCGGAAGAUGAGAGGCAAAUUAGAAUGGCCGCAGAAGCUAUACUAAGUGGCUCGAUCAAUUCUCAGAGAAGUUCGGUUACUCAACACAGCAUAACAAGAACGCCGGAUAUUGUUCUCAGCGAGGAUUUGAUUGCAGGGGCGAGACAUAACGGCAGAAUGUCGAACGUUAGACGUUUCUUCUGUCUCUUUGUCACUUUUGAUCUACUUCUUACAUUCCUCAUGUGGCUCAUUUGCACGAUGAUUGCAGGCGAAAGUUUAAACACUGCUUUCACAGAUCAGGUGAUACAUUAUCAUAUAACGACAUCUUUGUUUGACAUUGUAAUGGCAGCGAUUUGCAGGUUCACGGUCUUGUUGCUCUUUUACGCGCUGUUGUAUCUCAAUCAUUGGAUCAUUGUAGCUAUAUCAACUGCCACAACAUGUGCCUUUUUAAUUGCCAAAGUUUUUCUUUUUGACUGGACAUCAGCUAACCAACCAGUAUUCCAAGUUCUAUUGAUCUUGACGUCUUUUGUAUUAGCAUGGGCAGAGGCUUGGUUUUUUGAUUUUCGCGUGAUACCUCAAGAAACUCAAGCAAGAGAUUGGAUUCGAAGUUUCCCAGAUACAGAAAGAACUCCGUUAUUACAAAACAUUGUUACUGAAUCGCGGCAAUACGCGGCAAAUGUCGAUCACAUAGGUACAUUUUUUACACCUGUGGAGUCUCCAACACAUUCUGAUGACGAGGACAUCCCCAGGAAGCAAGGAGACUCGAAGAAGCUCUCAAAAUUUAGUGAAUUAUUUAUGUUCCUAGCGAAACUUACACCUGAUAAGAUUGAUGAAUAUAAAACAAAAACAUCUAAGAUGUUACAAGAUUGUCAUGACUUGUUAACAUCGGAAGAAUGGAAAGACACAACUAUAACAAACGAUGGUGAUGAAGUGUCGUGUAUGCAGCUUCCAUCAGAAUGGAAAUUAGGCGGAAAAGUCAUGAAAAUCACGGGUAUCAUUGACGCACCUGCUAGUGUACUGAUAGAUUUAUUAUUUGAUAAUAUUGAGGAACAAGCUUCGUGGAACAAGCAUGUGUCAGAAUCAAUAAAACUACAGAUUAUUGACGAAAACACAGAUAUUGUUUAUCAAGCAACAAAGCCCUUUGGUGGUGGGAUUAUUACGGCACGAGAUUUCGUUAUUUUUAGGCAUCGUAACAAAUGUGGCAAUUAUUAUAUGAGUAGUGGUAUAUCAAUUCCUACUACAGUUCAAGUUCGUCCAAACAUGACAAGGGGUGAAAAUGGUAUAAGCUGUUUUGCAACAGAGGAGUUACCUUCCGAAGCUAACAAAUGUCGUUUCACUUGGAUCCUAAAUACAAAUCUGAAAGGUUGGAUACCACAAACUGUUGUGGAUAGAUCUAUGUCCACUGGUCUAGUAGAUUUCAUGACAUAUUUAAGGGAAUACUUGAAUGAUUUGCAAAAACCGUCAAUCUAAUAUAGCAUUGUAUAUAAAGCUGAUAAGUAGAAUUAUCUAUUUUUUUGUAUGUACUAUGUUUUAGAUCUACAUAUAUUUUUAUUUAAUAUGCAUUGUAUAUAUAUAAAAUAUACAUACGUAUAAAAAAGAAUAUUAAAAUUUAUGUAAUUAUAAAUUUGACAGAGAACAUGCUUUAAAAUAGUUCAGAAGGUGAUACGUUUUUAAAACAUUUUAUUUGAGUGUCACGUGAUACUUCAUUGAACAAACAUCAAACUUUAUAACAAAAAUCAAACUUUAUUUACUAAUGAAACGUGAUAAAAAUUAGUUGUAUGGAAAACACAAUUGUAUAAUUUAUAUAAAUUUAAUUCUCUAUAUGCACACAUAGGUCUACAGUAUCUGCAAAGUAUACAACAUGUACUCUUGUACUAUAACUAUAAAACUAGCUGUAACUAUAAAACAAGCAAAUCUGUUUACCUGGCUUCCCUCUUAAAAAAAAAAUUAAAAAUCAAUAUAGCUAAACGCCGAAUUUAUAAAAUUUUGUAUAGACAUGUCAGACCAACAUGUGAUUUUUUUCUAUAAUGAACAAUUUUGAUAAUUAUUUGUAAAAAAUGUUGUUUUAAUCAAAAUAACGUUUUCUUAAAAGAUUUUGAUAAAAAUUGUCGCUCCCCUAUUGUUGCUAAAAAAUGUAAUACUGGACGAUAGAAUUUCAUUACUCACAUCAAAGUUCAUUAAAAAUAAAUUUCAGUAAAUAAAUGUUUAUCAAAAUAAUAACCAUGAAAUCUUCGACUACAAUGUUUAUGGAUGUUUAAUAAAUUUAAAAAAAAUUUUUUUUUAAAUAUUUUAAGGUAGGAAAAAUAAUGUCGAGUAUAACAGAUCUACGCACACUGAGCAGGUAUUGAAGAAAAUGUGUGCACUCGGAAAGUCAAGUUAUACUUGUAAGCAAAUUAUCGUCAAUUUUUUUACGAUAAAAAUGUUAUCGAUAUAUAAAUAUUACCUACAUAUCCUAUAGUUUUAUUUUAAAAAUUGUAUGCUAUUUUUUUCAAAAAUAUUUCUAAUCGCGAUAAACAAACAAAAAAGGAAACAUCUUCUAUUAUAGUCAUUCUUUUUUUUGUAAAACAUGUCGCAUAAUAGCAGUUAAAAACUAGGUAUAUUAUAUGCUUUUUGUAAGUGCCUACAAAUGUUUGGAUAAGAGUAUCUUUUGAUGUACAAUGUAUACAGUAUAUCAGAAAUGUGACGUAUAUGUUUAAUACGUAUGAUGACGUCUAUCAUGCGUCUAUCAUAUAUCACGCAAAAAUAGGGCGUGAUAUUCAAAAAAUUUAAUAAUUUUUUUUAUGAAAUUAUUUUUAUAUUAUUUACGCGCUUUAUUAAAGAGUUUUUUUUCGUUUUCUUUAAUAGUAUAAAUCAUAUAGCCUAACAUAUUGAUAAAUGUGUAUAUAAUAUGCAUUUAAAUGAAGCAUACAUUCAUUAAAUGAAUAUAGAUAAGAUUAGAAUGUUAUUAUGCGUACAUUUUGCCUUCGACCAAUUUCGAUUAAUGAAAAUGAAAAAACGCACACUUCGUUACACAUUGAGUUCAUUUUCAUAAAAAUGGAAAAUGUGUAUACAAUCACAUGUUUAUUCCUACUAACUUUUCAGGUUUAAUUAGUUCAGCGAGUGAUAGUAUGAAAGGAGUAUAUCUGUACGAUUCGAAAAGUGCUUAAUUGUGCAAUUUUCGAUGACGUGUUUAUCUGGAGAUAAAAUACAGUGAUGAGCACACUUUCAAGUUCGAAGUAUCUGCUCUAUGUUAUCUCCAUUUAUGUGAUUGAUAUUGUGUAAUUUUGUUACCUAGUGUAUGAUAGCAAACGCGGAAAGUUAUAAAAUAAAUAAGUUUAUUAGAACAAAUAAUGAUAAAAUGAUAUAUUAGAAAAAGGACGAUGAUAGUCUGUUGAUCUUUAUUAAUAUUUUUCAAAAACUAUGUUUUUUUUAACUAAGAAAACAACUAAAUAAAAGAUAAUUGGCCUAUUUUGUUGUAAAGUAAUAUAUAAUUUAAGAGAGUGUUUAGAUUGCAUAAUUUUAUGAUUUGUUGAAAGAAAAAGAGAGAGACAGAAUAUGAGAGAGAAGGAAAGAAAUACUUUAUAAUUUAAUAAAAGAUUAAUUUUAUUUACCAAAUGUGUGUGUGUGUAUAUAUAUAAUAUAGAUAUACAGAAUAUUAAUAGUUAAACGAUCUCGUAACCAGAUCGACAAUACCGUGGCAAUUAAUUUUAAAUUAUACAGUGUAUAGUGUAUCUCGAUUUUCUACACAACGUGUCCAUUUAAUCAUCUUCUCGUUUUUAGAUAUUUUAUGUGUUGCGAUCUAUAUUAUUAAAAGACUGCAUGAACUUGACAUAUGACUGUAUUACAUUAGUUAAAUAAAUGCGGCAGAGCAUGCGUACGCUUGGAUGUCGUGUAAAAAAAGUAUAUACAUAUAUAUAAAUACUAUUUUAUUUAUAUAUGUUCGUAAUACUAUAAACAUUAAAAUAGCAAUUUAUAUUAAGAUUUUGUAUGUGUCGUUUAUCGUUUAUCUAUAUCACUUGUGCAGUACACUCCUGCAUUUUUCCUGUAAAGUUGCCUACGCGAUGUGUCACUACGUUAAAUAGGUCAACGAUGCGUCCCGACAGAAUAAAAUAAGGAUAGAAUAAUCGAAGAUAAUUUUAUAAGUCCGGCACGAAUUCGGAUGUAAAGAGUUUAGCAUUAGACCAAUAAAUGCAAAGGAAGAUCGUA